GGAACUCUUCUUGAACCCCAAACCCUUCUCAACGAUUCUCAAAAAUAGGAACUCUAUACUUUUUGAACCCCAAACCUAGCAAAACCCUUCUUCUCGUCUUGGUCAUUUGAUUUUCUUCCUUCAACGGUGACCGAAAUCAACGCCAACAAUCAAUUUGAGGAGGUUUAAAAGAAGCCACCGAAGAGGAGGUAAUGGACCCCAUUGAUGCUCGCGUCUCUGAACAAAUAUCUCUUCUUCUUCAACCACCUUCACCUCUUCAACAGCAGGAAUAUUUCAAUCACCUUUUAACAAGUAACAACUGCCAUGGAAUUCUUCAAGUCAAACCAUCCAAAGAUUACGGAAAAGGUGUUUAUGCUGAAACUGACUUUAAAGAAGGUGACCUUGUUUUGAAGGAUGAAAUUCUUGUCGGUGUGCAACAUUCUUCAAAUAAGAUUGAUUGUCUUGUAUGUAGUCGCUGCUUUCGUUUUAUUGGCUCGAUAGAACUUCAAAUUGGGAGGAAACUCUAUCUACAGGGUUUAGGUAGUCAAAAAGGUUGUUCAUCCUCAGAAGAUUCUGAUGUAGAAGAUCACCUAGAGGCUCACACAUGUCCUUCCAAUAAGUCAACAAUUAAAUAUCCGCUUCCUGCUGAGAGUGUGGAAUCAUUAAUGCAUGAGAAAUUAGCAUUGCCAUACUCAAAGAAAUUUCCGUUGCCUUCGGUCAUCAACUGUCCUGGUGGAUGUAAGGAAGUUUACUAUUGUAGCAAUUCUUGCGCACAGACUGAUUGGGAUGUAUGCCAUUCUUUACUUUGUACCGGAGAGGGGCCAGAUUCUUCAAGAAAGAAGGCACUUUUAAAGUUCAUACAACAUGCCAAUGAGACGAAUGAUAUUUUCCUUCUUGCUGCAAAGGCGGUUUCAUCUAUAAUCUUGAGCUAUAGGAAGUUGAAAGAUGCAUUUAAUAAAGAGAAAGGGAAAGAGAAAGAGAAGAAUCACAUAUCCGAUGUUCUAAGCAACCAUAGUUUUCGUCUUCUUUUGAAGGCUUGGGAGCCUUUCUCCAUGGGAUACAAGAGGAGGUGGUGGGAUUGCGUUGCUUUACCAGAUGAUGUUGACAAUUCUGAAGAAGCUGCAUUUAGAAUGCAAAUAAAACAGCUGGCGUUCGAGUCACUUGAACUCCUGAAGGAAGCGAUUUUUGAUGAGGAAUAUUUGCCAUUGUUCUCUCUGGAAAUAUAUGGGCAUAUUAUAGGCAUGUUUGAGCUAAAUAACCUUGAUUUGGUUGUAGCAUCGCCAGUGGAGGAUUACUUUUUGUACGUAGAUGAUUUACCAGAAGCUGAAAAGAAAGAAGUUGAUGAAAUAACGCAGCCUAUUCUUGAUGCUCUAGGGGAAGACUAUUCAAUUUGUUGCCAAGGCACAGCAUUUUUCCCACUGCAGAGUUGUAUGAACCACUCCUGUUGUCCAAGUGGCAAAGCUUUUAAACGAGAUGAGGACAGGGAUGGACAAGCAACUAUAAUUGCAUGUAGACUCAUUAAAAAGGGAGAAGAGAUUACGAUAUCAUACAUAGAUGAAGACCUUGAAUUGGAAGAGAGACAAGCAUUGCUUGCUGAUUAUGGGUUUAGAUGCAAAUGCCUCAGAUGUAUUGAAGAAGAAGCAUAAUUCACAAUAGAGUGAUCGAGUGCUCUAGCAAUUUUGAUUGUGAUCUUUCAUACUUAUAUUUGUUACUGCCUUACUGGGCAAAGGAAUGGUGAUCUUUCAAGGAUACGAAUGUAUUAGUUUUUGCAAUGAUAGUUGCAUCAUCCAAUCCAUUAUAUGCCUAAAAAGAAUUGUCUUCGUAUUUUAAGUGAUUUGAGAUCAACGAAACCUUUUUCUGAUAUACUUUGUUAGACAUACAUACAUCCAAUGUUUAGAAAGAUUUAAGUCAGGCACACAUAUUUCAACAA